GCAAUUGCACCGUAACUUUUACAACUUUCGCAAAUCAUCCGGCGAAUGACGGGCGAUUUUUGAUUUUAAAUCUAUUUUUUUCUUCUUAACACGACGCUGUCGUGAUUUUGUUUAUGGAGAAGCAGAUAAUGUAGAAUUGAAGAGGGAAGGUUUGAGAUGAUGGAAGAAUUAGAGAAGGUGGAAGAUGGAGGGAUUGAGAAGAAGAAUGAAGAAGAGGUGAAGGAAGAAGGAGGUGGAAGGAUGUUUACAAUGAAAAAGUGGAAUGCUGUGGCAAUGUGGAGUUGGGAUGUGGAGUGUGAUACUUGUGCCAUUUGCAGAGUUCAAGUUAUGGAUGCUUGUCUACGAUGCCAGUCAGAAACCAAGGUAAGAUUGUUUGGAUGGUAUAUGUGCAUAGGUUACACUCAUGUUUGUUAUUAAAUGGCAGAAGUAAGU